AUGCUUCCUCCCAUUGAGCCAGAGGUCGCGUCUGCGAACCCGAAGUUUGACGCUUUGUACCGUGAUCUCUGCUCCAACAAGCUCGGCGCAAAUGGAACAUCCGUGGUGGACGGCAAGGCGCAGAAGGAGCGCGAGACGUUGAACGAGGAACUUCACAAAGCACGCGUUGAGUCCGCCAGAAGAGACUUCAUCACUCGUGGACUUCACGAUCUGGCAUACACACCCGCCGCGUUGCCAGAAGAACUACAAGAUCUAGUGGCUACCGUGGCUGCUGUCCUGGAAGGCCAGGUAGCGGAAGAGGAUCUACUGUUGCUUCAUGAUGAUGUUGCCAAGUUCAAGAGUAACAUCAAGGCCAUCACCGCCGCCCUCUCGAAAACACAACGCGAAGAUGCGGAUCUGCUGGUCGGUAUGCUGGAUCUCGACAAGUCGCUCACUCUGGAGACUCUACCGCAAGCUAUCACGGACCUAAGAACGUCAACAUCAGACGCCCGCUCCAAAGCCGCCUCGACCCGCCUUGCUCUCGCUCAAGAAGUCUCAGCGCUCCACUCGACCUACCGCAGAAUCAUGGAGGCCAGUAUCCGCAUCCUGGAGCAAACGAUCCAUGGCGCUGUAGCGCGCGGGACGAAAGCGAAAGCUGAGUGCUUGGCGUUGGUGGCGGAGGGCAUGAGUAAGAAGUUGGAAUUGCAGCAUGGGCAGUUGGUGUCGCCGAUCUAUUCGGAGGAAGUGCAGGAGGCGCUGAAAGGACGUGCUGCCAGUCUGGAGAAGGAGACGAAGGCGGUGAAGGGGAAAGUGCGGGAAGCGGAGGAGAGGCUGGAAGAGUACAGGAAGGCGAGGGGCAUGGAGGGAAUGGCGAAGGAGUACGCUGAGAUUCUCGGAGAAACGGAAAGGGUCAGGGCGGAGAUUGAGCGGUUGGAGAACGAAUGA